AUGCUGAAGCCCUUUCGUAUUAGGGAUCUUCUGGAUCCCACUGUGGAUGAGGAACUUGAACAACCCGAUCGUUCUCCACAAGAUGGACAAGACAAUCCAGAACCGUUUCUUAGAUCACCUUUUGAUGCUGAACUAAUGCCGGCUUAUAAGCGGCUUGGUAAUGAUGAAGAUGGCAAAUUUCGUCCAUAUUUGACCCACGAUAUGCAAUCAAUCCCGUCUAUGGGCACUGAUGGAAAAACAGCCAAACGACGCAGCGACAUCCUGGUCCCACCCAAGUUACGUUCCGACUACAGUGACCCUUCCAGCGGGGGAAGGAGAAAUAACUUGACUCAUUUGCUAGCUUCUGCACCACCAACAACAGAUCGUCAUGGUAUCGUUCGAAUUUCAGCUGAGGAAUACGAUGAAACAAUUGCAGCUAACCCCCUAGCAAAACUGACUUAUAUGGAUGAGGACGACGGAGAUACAAUCACUGUCGGUUCUGCGCUUGAACUUGCGGAUCGCCUUAGCGAGCCCACAUCGUCAGCGUUUUUGUAUUCACCAGCUGUCCCUAGCAAUGAUCGAGAACAUGAAUGGCCCAUGCAUAUCUUUGACAUUAAUCGUUCGAAAUCCGUCUUAGAAAUAUGGAGAAGUUUUGAGAGCAGGACUUCCAUGGGCAAUAGACGGUUGAAUACAUCUGUAUCAACUUAUCAUGAAGCCACUGCUCCAGAGGUGGCCGACGACAAUAGCAAGGCCCACACCGAGCCCGAGCCCGUCUUCGAGAAAAGUAACGAUGAUUUUAGAGAUCACUGGCUUCAACCUCACAAACCCCCACCAUUUCCCCAGUCGACAUGGCACCAGAAUGAAAAUGCAUCAAUUGGCCUAGUCAGCUCAGUGGACGGUGGUCAACCAUCGGAGCUCUGUGCUUCAAGAAAUAUCGAACCUGUCCAACAAACCAGCUUCGAAAGCCAACAUGACCAUGCCAAGGACAUAACUUCCGACACCCAGAUAUCCAUCCCGUCGGCAUCUAUGCCGGGAUCAAACCCUUGGACCUCGUUGGGUGCUUGGCCACUACGUUUGGAGUCGAAUGGUUUGACACAAAGAGAGCCAGAAAGCCGCGAAUCGCCUAUCGAAGAAAACCUUCCCCUUCUGGCGUCGUUCGAGGCCGAACUAUCGAGGAUUAUGCAAGACAAACUUGUUGAUUCGUCUAGCAGAGUGACACAGGAGCAACUCACCGCAGAGACUUCCUCCCCGCAACCACCUGCUUCACAACCUGAAUCGGAUCCCUCAUCCCAACCUUCACGCAAACCUGCCGAAGUGCUGGGUCAGACUAUGCAAGCAUUGCUUGGGGGCAUUCGCCAUCUAACCUCUGAAUUGAGGUCUAAGCUUCCGGAAGUGGAACGCCGGUUAUCGAAUGCACACCGACACAUUCCCUCAACAGUGGAGACAACUCUUUUCAAUACCAUCACCGCUAUUGGCAGCCAUGUUCGGAGUCUUGCAAAUGCUAUGCAAGCUGCUGCUACUUCAUCGAGAGCUGCUGCUGAUAGCUCCAGAGAAGCUGAUAUUCUGGCCACUAACCAAAUCGUGAAUAGUCUCCACACUUUGGCGGGGGAUAUUGGAGAAAUGGGUCGAACUCUGUUUGCCACCUUUGACACCACGCCUACAAACAUGGGAUCACACCAAGCACAGCCAGAUGGAGAGCUUUCUCAAGGAAAUGUAGAUACUCAUGACCAAUCAAACCCUCAGCAGUGUACAUCCCAGCCCAAUGUUUCUGUGGAUAAUACGGCACCCUCGGACUCUUUGCCCGAAGUUUCUACUUCUCGAGUAAUUCCAGAAAGCGAGAGGCAAACUGCUUCUCCACAAGAGACGCCCUCGGCCGAUUCCAACCACAAUACUACCCUAUUUAUUGGCAACCUCCAUACUGCCGUUACUGAACAAGAUGUUGAAACGGCAUUUGCGAACAAGGGUUUCUUGGGGAAGGCCAACUUGCCCCACGAUACUGCAACGGGGAAACACGCUGGGUUUGGCUAUGUUGAUUUUCCUUGUUCCUUCGCUGCAUCCGGCGCUCUCCAGGCGCUCACCGGGAAUCUACUCCAUGGCCAGAUUAUUAAUCUUGAAUUUAGCCAUGGUAUCGACACUACUGAUGAUAGCACUGUCCAGCAGUCACCCAGACAAGCAGUAGAGGUUUCACCUCAUCCCCUUACAGAAACCAAUACGCGUCUCCGUAUCCCUCGUCAUCUCCCAGAUAUCCCCAGAUCUCGGAGGAUGUCCAGUUACAACCUUACGCAAACGCCGGCUGAGAUCGAUGCCAGUAACCCUAAUGGCACCCCAACCGGUAUUAGGCGGGCCAAAUCUCUCGGGACUUUACGACGAUCUAUAGUUCAUGAUCAUCCACGGCAGAGGAUCAACACCCUGAAACAUAUCACAGAACGAACAGAAAACCAGGAGCAGCCAAAUGCCGAAGCUCCAAGUUCACGUCGUCAUUCCUCUAAUCAGUCUGAUCAACAGAGGCCAAAGGCUUUGUAUUCAGCGGAUGCCACGGACAAUAAUGCAUUGACUGACCAACUCGAUGGAGAGCCGGGCUUUUCCGCUCGUUACCCGUCCCUGGUACCUGAUCCAUAUAAAUACAAUGGUAGCCAGUCUCUCUCCCCUCCUCGUCAAGGUCAGAAUAUUGCUCGCUCGCUUAGCCCAGAAUCUCAAAUGGCACGAUUCCCAACUGUUUCCCAAUUGGAAGCGUGUACCUCUACCAUGCAGCAAUCUCAACCCAGAGAUGAGUUGAGACCUAGCAGAUCUCUGAUAGCUAUAGAUGGAAGUCCACUAAAUGAGACUACUACUUCUGAUGAUCCUAUCCGCAAUCUACGCAACUUGCAUCCAGCUCCACCGCCGACGGAAGGACGCGGAAUUCCUGGCUCUUGGCCACCUGAACUGUAUAAUGCACAACUGAUGGGACAUCGAGCGUCUUCUCCAGCACCUCCCAGUGGACUCCGUCGUUCAAAUACAACCAUAGCCUCCGAUCCGGCAGCAAGGCUUUCUGGACCCUUUGUUCCUUUCACUGAGCCUCAUCCGCGUAAUAGAAAUUCUAAUCUUCGGCGCAGCGCGACAGAACGUCAGCAUCGCCGACCUGCAAGAGUGUCCUUUGGCAGGCAUCGCAAUGCGCUCGAAGGCCGGUCCGUCAUUUACAAUCCAUACAUCCCCCAAGGUCCAACAACAGACGUCAUUUCCAACAUUCCGGGUAGCUUCCCCGCGGAAGCUGCACCGGCCGUCCCUCCUAAGCCUAUCCAUCAAUACUCAGAACGCCAGCCGGAAAUGCAGGAGCGCAAUCGGCUAACAAACGAUAUCGAUCGAUGUGUCGCUCACCUUGGGCUACUUGGCUAUGGCUAUGAUUCGAGUCUUCCUUCACACAACCUGCACGUAUAUGCAGAAGCAGCAAACGGUAACCUAGAAGAUGCCAUUGAGAUGAUUGAGGAGGAGAGGAAAGCGUAUGAGCAACGGGUAGUAAUUCAUUGA